UGGUGUGUGUGUUGUGUGUGUGAGUGUUGUGUGUGUGUGGCAUUGAGACUCGGGCUGGGGCAUGGUCUAGGCUGGGCUAAGGCUGGGACAGAGCUAGAUAGGAUGGGCUGGGGGCUGGUGCCGGGCUUGGCUGUGUACUGGGCUGUGCAGAACUAGGGGUAGGAUCUGAGCGUGUUUAUAUAGCCCAGGCAAACCCCGCACUCUGGCCCAUUCCCUCUAAGCCAGAGAAUACAACCCUACCAGGACCGCUGGCAAGGGAUUGUUUAGCAUUUAACGAGAGAGAGAGAGAGAGAGAGAAAGAGAGAGCGAGAGACAGAGAGAAAGAGAGAGAAAACAGAGAGAAGAGAGAUAGAGUGUCAACAGGGACACAUAGGAGGAAAGAUAGAGAGUGAAAGAAAGAGAAAGAGAGAAAGAAAGAGGAGAGGAGGGAAAUAGCUCUGAGAUAUUUAACACACACUCCCACAUUUACCUCUCUCUCAACAUACUCACAUUUACCUCUCUCUCAACAUACUCACAUUUACCUCUCUCUCAACAUACUCACAUUUACCUCUCUCUCAACAUACUCACACACAUUGUGAGACAGAGAGAAAGCAGACAAAACUCACAGCACAAAGUCUCUGACAGGUAGAUAGACCUCAACACAGACAGACUCUCCUCUGAGACAGGCGGCAGGCAGCAUGUUUCUGUGGCGGCUCCCCCAGGCAGUGUGUCUGCUGUCGGUGUGUGUGUCGCUGACUCUUGGGUACGAAGACGAUAUCGAGGUGAACUAUGGUGACAGUUACUACAACGAGAUCACAGAGGGAGAGCCACUGGAGCCCACAGCUACCCCAGCCCCAGGACCCUGUAAGGCUACAGACAUGACUAAAUGGGACAAGCUCUUCUCCAUGCUGGAGAACUCUCAGAUGAGGGAAAACAUGCUUCUGCAGUACUCCGAUGACAUCAUCAAGGUGGAGUUGGGUUCGCUGCGUGGAGAGAUGCUAAGGUUCGUGGCUCAGUACGGAGGGGCCUGUGGCGUUGCGGUGGAGACCGCUGGGCGGAGGAUGUCCAUGCAGAUGGAGGCUCGCCUCAGGGAGAGCAUGGASCAUCUCAGACAGGAUCGAAGCACUGCUGCUGGGAAUUCAGCUGGGAAUYGCCACCAGGAAAAGCUGUUACAGCAGCUUCUAACUGCAGCGAGGACACAGGCUAUCCGAUUUAUCAAGCUGGAAAACAGCUGCCUGAGUAAUCCAGAGGCUAAGGGGGAAAACUUGCAGCAGGAAGUGGCAUCGGCAGAGAUGCUGGUUGCCGUGGUGACAGAGCUGGCGAAGACGAGGGCGGUGCUAGAGCUCGCGCUCAAGUCGGCACAGCAACGACACCUGCCUGCAGGCUGUGAGACCGCUCUUCUCUUCCCUAUGCGUUCCCGUCYCAUCUUCUCGUCAGUGACACCAGACCUCCCUCUCUCCCUCUCUUCCUUCACCGUGUGCCUGUGGGCCAAGCCCGUCUCCGUCUCCAACAGAACCGUGCUGUUUUCCUACGGAACCAAACGGAACCCCUAUGAGAUACAGCUCCUUCUUAGCGGAACAAGGGCUCUCUUCACCGUGGGAGGAGAGGCUCACCUGGUGGAGGCACGGGGCGUGGUGAAAGGAGGAGGAGUUUGGACCCACCUAUGUGGGGCUUGGAGCUCUGAGCAGGGCAUAGCGUCACUAUGGGCUGAUGGACACAGAGUGGCACUCACACCCGGGGUGGCCGAGGGCCACAUGUUACCCGAUGGAGGCUCACUCCAGCUUGGGCAGGAGAAGAUCGGCCUUGGGCAGGAAAAGAACGGUGGUGUGGUCUCUGGAGGGUCAGGUGGCAGUGAGAGUCAGAUGCCUGGGUUUGAGGGAGGCUUCGAUGCCAAGUUCGCAUUCGCUGGGAAGAUGACGGGGGUGAACAUGUGGGACAGCGUGCUGACGGAGGAGGAGAUAUCCCAGCUGGCUUUGCAGGACGGCGAGGGGUGUGAGCAGAGGGGGAACGUAGUUGGGUGGGGCUUGACGGAGAUCGUGCCUCCCGGGGGUGCUCCAGUUCAUCAACUAACUCUGAUGACGUUUUCAUCAUCAUCAUCAUCAUGGUUUAAAUCAACUCUAUCAGCUUCAUCAUCAUAAUCCUCAUCAUUUAAAAUACUAUCAUCACUUCAUCAUAAUCCUCAUCAUUUAAAUGAACUAUCAUCAUCUUCAUCAUCAUCAUAAUCGUCAUCAUUUAAAUUAACUAUCAUUAUCAUCAUGUAAAUUACUAUCAUCAUCAUAAUCAUUAUCAUUUAAAUGAACCAUCGUUUUCAUCAUGUUAUUAACUUUCAUAAUUUAAAUGAACUAUCAUCAUCUUCGUCGUCACCAUUAUAAACUAACUCUGCUGCCCUAAGACCUGCAGUGCAGAACAGCCCGACCGGCUGAGACUGCAACAACAGUGUGAACAUGAACAACAACAGCUCUCUUUAAUGGCUUAAAGAGACUGGAAAGAAUGUGCCCUGUUAGAGGAGUGUUUCCCAUUUAGAGAAGCAGUGGGUAAAACACACCC